AUGUCAGAACCAACUCAGGGAAUAAACGAUCUACCAGCCCAACACCCAGAAGAUACUACUACGCCAACUACACAAGCUGAAGCAAAAGAUGGCGAUGAUGCGACAACAAAACCAGAUCCUUCACUAUGUGGUGUAUGUGAAGUGAAUCCCCCAAAAUACAAAUGUCCAAGAUGUCGCCUUCCAUAUUGUUCUGUUGCUUGCAACAAGAUCCAUCGCGAAAAUCACCCUCCUGAACCUGAGCCAGCACCAGCACCAGCACCAACACCAACAGCGCCUCAGUCGGCACUCUCCGAGUCGCAAGCAACAUCACUGCAUCAGCUCCCCGACCCCUCGAAUCCCUUUCAGGCUCUUGAAAGCUCAGAGAAACUUCGCCUUCUCUUUCGCAAAUAUCCAGGCCUUCCCGACCAGCUCCUCAAAAUAGAUGCUGCCACGCUUCCACCUCCUGAGACCAAGCCUGCCAUCCCCGCCUCCCUCCUCAAGGGCCUGCCACCAAAGCAAGAAGCUUGGAACCAUGACAUUGGUAUUCAGAACGGAAAAGAGGCUCUGCGCAAGGCUCGUCGCGCGGACGGUGAGCAGGGCGACGCUAUACGCGAGUAUUCAGAACUUAUCCUUCACUUGAUGAACACCGAGAGUGCACAGACGGACGUCGACAAUAUCAUUCGGCAGAAAAUGGCACAAGAGGAUACAAAACUUAUCGAACGCUUGAUGGCGCAAGAAAAGCGUUAG